AUGAAUCCAUGUGAAAUCCGAGAAUCCAGCUUUGAUGAAGCAAGACGACUCCCAGAAGUAGAGCGAGUAUUGAAAUCAGGUUGGCUAAUAAGAAAAAGUCAUCCUACUACGACUGGCAAGCAUUUAUGGGGUGUACUUCGCAGAGAGAAGUUGUCCUUUUACAAAGACGAAAAGGAGUAUAAAACAAAACUUAUUUUUCCAACGCAAGACAUCUCGGCCGUCGCAUACUACAGAGAGAAAUCUCCAAAAUCACUCUACUUGUAUUUAAACGAAAAAAUUAUACGGUUUAUUGCCCCUUCAAAUGCCGAAGCUGAAAGCUGGGUACGAGUCUUGAGAACGACAACUGCCUACCGCGCUCCAUUUUCUCGACAUCCUUUACGUUUUGGUCUAAUCUCCUCCCCUCCUACCACGGCAAGCGGUUCUGAUGUGUUAGUCUCCGACAACGAUCUUGGAAACUACUCUCCUUCUUCUCAUACCAACAUGCCUCACGGCCCCUCUUCGACUGAAGAUGGAUUUCCAAGCUAUUAUUGUACCUCUUUAUAUGACUUAACUCAGUUGGGAAGAUUAAGACCUCAAGGCGUACCACAACAAGGAGCCAAGCUUCCAUUCCACGCACUAAAUAAUGAUAACCUCCGAAAGCACAAACAUUCUUCCUCAUUACAAAAUUUGUAUAAAAUGCUCGAUGAGAACAAGGUUUUAAUGCAGGGACCCAUAUAUUGGCGUCACGGGAAUAUCCAUCGCUGGUCAAGGUGUUGGGCAGUAGUUCGCGGUAAUGGUAUGACAAUUUACAACUCUAACAAGGAAUACAAGCCUGUAAAACUUAUUCCGAUCACAGAAAUCCAAGAUAUUGCCGAGAUUAAUUUUUUUGAAAAAUCCCAGAAGUACAUAUUUACUGUGAUUACUCUCAGUAAGCCAAUGGAAUUCCGAGUGGAUGAUGAAGAGACUUUAAUUCUUUGGGUGGCAGCCUUGAAAACAUCUAUUGACAGAAAUACUGGAGUAUUUCGUCCCCAGUAA